UUUUUGCAAUAUCAACAUAAAUCCCCUGUUUUUGAAUACAAUAGUGUUUGCAUUAUCCGAUGUUUCUAGUUAAAUAGCCCUAACAUUUGCAAUAUCCAUAAUAUUUAUUAUUUCAAUCUACCACCAACUACCCAUGUACUUGUCUAGUUUUUUUCUUUAAUUACUUUAUCUUCUACAUUUUGUCUAUAAUCUCAUACAUGUAUGAUGUAUUUCUCUUUCUUCUAUCCAUAUUCUUAGAUGAUCUUCAUCCUUUGAUCAACAAUAUCAAGUUCAUAAUACACCAAGAUUAUAUCUAUAAAUAUAAAAUGAGGUUUGAUCGAAUAUGGAUGUACAAUAAAAAACCUGAAUGCAUGGAAGAUUAUUUGAAAGGUUUGGAUGAGUUCAUUUCAUUUGCUACAACUCAACUAGGUUAUAUGGAUGGUGAAAAAAUAAGGUGUCCUUGUCGAAAAUGUCGAAUUCAAAAGUUCAUAACGUCUGAUAUGUGCCAUCAACAUUUGAUGAGGCAUGGAUUCAUGGACAACUAUUACACAUGGGCUGCUAAUGGGGAACCUCUUCAAAACUCACAAGUAUACAACUAUCAACGUACACGACCUUCGCUCGGUAACAAUGAAAGAUCAAAUGCUUAUGAGUCAAUGAUAUAUGACAUGGCAUCAAGUUCCCAACCAGAUGUGGGAGAUGAAGGUACUACCAAUUUCACUACACCACAUAUUUUAUCUGAAAGGUUCUGGAAAGCAUUGAAUGCAGCACAUCAACCCAUAUGGCCUGGUCAUGAAAGCGAGAGUAAACUAUCAGCAACGGUAAAACAACUAAAUAUGAAAUCUGAGAACAAUUUGUCUGAUCGUGCUGUAAAUCAAAAUCUGGACUACAUUAGAUCAUUGUUACCCAAAAAUAAUUGUAUGCCAGAUAGUUUUUAUAGCAUGAAGAAAUUGGUUGAAGAUUUGGGUUUGCCCGUGAUAAGAAUCGAUGUAUGUAAAGAUAAUUGCAUGCUUUAUUGGGGUGAAGAUAUUGAUAAACAAUCAUGCAGGUUUUGUAAUCUUUCCCGAUAUAAAGAAGACGUUGUUAAACCGAAGCCCCAUAAACAACUUUUUUACUUACCUCUUGCUCCCAGAUUGCAGAGGUUAUACGCAUCAAAUGUUACAGCCGCUCACAUGACAUGGCAUGGUCGUCAUGUUAACAAACCUGGGAUGAUGUGUCAUCCUUCUGAUGGAGAGGCUUGGAAGUGGUUUGAUCAUCAUUAUCCAAUAUUUGCACUUGAGCAUCGAAAUAUUCGACUCGGCCUUUGUUCUGAUGGAUUCGCUCCUUUCGGCCAGUUUGGAAAAGUAUAUUCAUGCUGGCCAGUAAUUCUAACACCUUAUAAUCUUCCACCAGGCAUGUGUAUGAAGUCACCGUAUAUGUUCAUUUCACUAAUUAUUCCCGGGCCGAAAAGUCCACAAAGAAAUAUUGAUAUUUUUCUUCAACCGUUGAUAGAGGAGUUACAAAUGUUGUGGAAUGUCGGUGUUCCUACCUAUGAUGUCUCCCGGGGUGAAACAUUUAACAUGAAAGCAAUGUUGUUGUGGACUAUUAGUGAUUUUCCUGCUUACGGAAUGUUGUCAGGCUGGAGCACUCAUGGAAUUGAUGGUUGUCCAAUAUGUAUGAAAAAAUCAAAAUCUUUUCGAUUAAAAUAUGGGCGAAAGGCUUGUUAUUUUGAUUGUCAUAGACAAUUUUUGUCGCCGGAGCAUCCUUAUAGAAAUGACACACAACAUUUUACAAAAGACCGCGUGGAAACAACUCUUCACCCCCCUAUAAAAGAUGGCAAUGAAAUAUGGUCGGAAAUUUCACAUUAUAAGCUUGCAAGUGAAACUCCCCAUGAUUACCCUCAUGGAUUUGGCGAUUAUCACAAGUGGACUAAGAGAAGUAUAUUCUGGGAGCUUCCGUAUUGGAAAAAACUUCUCAUUCGACAUAACUUGGAUUUUAUGCAUAUUGAAAAGAAUGUGUUUGAAAAUAUUAUAAACACGGUUAUGAAUGUGAAGGGUAAGACGAAGGAUAAUAUUAAUGCGAGGAAGGAUAUGUUUGUUGUGUGUAAUCGUCCAGAGCUACAUCUUGAUCCUGAUACAAUGUCUCAUAAGCCUAAGAAGGCUUCUUAUACCUUGACGAAGGCAGAAAAUAUCAUAAUUUGCAAAUGGCUCAAGACUUUGAAAUUCCCAGAUGGUUAUGCGUCCAAUUUGUCAAGAUGCGUUGAUACAACCGAAUCUAGGUUGAUUGGAUUCAAAAGUCAUGAUUGUCAUGUGUUUUUGGAAAGGUUAUUGCCAAUUGCAUUCAAACGAUUAUUACCUCAAUUUGUUUGGGGAGUCUUGACUGAUUUAAGUAAUUUCAUGCAUGACCUUAAUUGUUCAAGUCUGAGCUUAGACAAAGUGGAUAACUUACAAUCUCAAAUUCCUAUAAUUUUAUGCAACUUGGAGAAGAUUUUCCCGCCUUCCUUUUUUGAUUCAAUGGAACAUCUACUAAUACACUUACCAUAUGAAGCCAAAAUAGGAGGUCCUGUACAAUACAGAUGGAUGUAUCCCUUCGAGAGGUUUUUGAAGAGUGUGAAGAAUAAGGUGAAAAAUAAAGCUAGGAUUGAAGCAUCCAUAUGCAAUGCCUAUAUUCUUGAAGAAAUAUCAACAUUUGCUUCAUAUUAUUUUGAAUCGAAUGUAAAUUGCAAACAAAGACAACCUCCGAGGAACACCGAAGGGUCAGUGAACAUAAAUGAACAACCAAUUUCAAUUUUCAAUUACUUAGGACGUGGAAGUGGUGGUUCAAAGAGAUUUCUAACUAGCAAAGAAACAUUAGUGGCUCACACGUAUGUCCUACUAAAUUGUCCGGAGGUGGAUUCAUAUUAUAGAACUUUUUGCACCAUGAAUGUUGGAGUCGAUCUUGAAGAAAUAGAUUGUCAAUUCUCAUCAUGGUUUCGGUCAAAGGUUUUACAAGAUCAAAGGGGGGUUAUUGAUAAAGAACUAUCUUAUUUCAUAUCAUUUGGUCCCAAGACUCCAACAACUAGAUAUUCAACAUACUUCAUUAAUGGUUAUGUGUGGAGGGCUGGUGAUUACGGAUCUAAUAAAUCAACCAUGAAUAGUGGUAUUUGCGUUCAUGCAAAUGAUUCUGAUUAUUAUGGGCUUUUGGAGGAGAUUAUUGAAUUAGAAUAUCCUGGUCCAUGCUUACAUGUAGUUCUAUUCAAAUGUUUAUGGUUUGAUCCUAUUAGAGGUACUAGAGUUAAUGACACAUAUAGACUGAUUGAGGUGAACAUGAAUCGUACAUAUACUAAAUACGAUCCAUUUGUUCUUGCUCAACAAGCUAUACAAGUGUACUAUUCGAACUAUCCAACCCCAACGAAUGAUCGUAAUUCAUCAUGGAUGGCUGUUUGUAAAACAAAAGCAAGAGCAAAGAUAGAGGACAUAUGGACAAAUGAAGUGGUGUAUCAAAAUGAGUAUCCUACCAUAGAAUUGUAUAUUCCCCUAAAUAUUCCCUUGUAUGAUGUCAAUGAUUUGAGUGAUCCAAAUGUUUUAAAUGGUGAGUUAGAUGGAUUAGAGGAAACUGGAUUACAUGGAAGUGGUGCAGAGGGAAGUGAAGAUCGAGAAAGUGAUUCAGAUAUAAGUACAAAUGGAGAAGUUGAAGAUAGAGGAGACGAAGAACAAUCAGGAGAUGACAUAUUUUAAUGUUGUUGUUUGAAAACUAAUGUUGAUGUACUUACAUAUUUUAAUGUUGUUGUUUCAAAACUAAUGCUUAUGUACUUGCAUAUU